AUGUCUGGAGACGCUGCCACAGCGGCCCCGGCCACUCACAAGCCGUCAUCGACCGGCUCUAACACCAGCUCAUUCGAAAACACUUCCACGCAAAUGCGAACACCACCGCAACAACAUGCCGUUCAUACGCCACCACAAGGAACUGGGGCACAGCCGCUUGGAAUUUCACAGCAGCAGCAGCAGCAACAACAACAACAACAGCAAAGAAGUGUUAAGCGACCAAGGCCAGUCAAGUCUUGUACGGAAUGUCGGAAGCGGAAACUGCGAUGCGACCGUCUUUUACCAUGCUCCCAAUGUCAAAAGUCCACUCGCAUCUGCAAAUAUGCUGCUGAUCAUGACCCAGCAAAUCUGUCAGACGGCUCCGACACGGAACCGGUAGAUAUUAAUCGACCAAAUAAACGCAGCUGUCCACCAGGUACGGCUAAUCCGAACAACGUUACGAACAACGACACUGCCACAACGCCCGCCAAAAAUGGCGGGUCACCAGGGAUGCCGAUGCUGGAGGAUUUGUCUUUGCGGAUGGAGCGAUUGGAGAGGCACAUGCAGGGCCGUAGUCCUGCCCCAACAGAUACCAGUGGUGGCAGAAUAUUGUAUGCGGCUAGCGACACUGUCAGAGGACUUUCGGUCAAGAGCGGCGGUAUGACGACUAGAUUCUUCGGACAACACAGCCCACGAGUGAUGCUGAAUGUGUUUCCCGAAGCUCGGGCUUAUUUAAUGGGCCAGCAUCGAGGCCACGCAUCCGAUGACCUUCUCAAAAGUUUUGGAUUGUUACAUAAACAUAGACAAGACGAGCUGCACCUAGCCAUGAAGCCCAUAACGGUGUUUGUCGAUUCUAUGAUGCCGGUGCAGAAACGCAUGACAGACAUUUUGCCCAAGAAAGAAAUAUGUGACCGCCUCGUCACAAUGUAUUUUGAUACCUCGGAGACGAUAUACAGAAUUCUCCAUGCAAGAACGUUUUAUGAUGCUUACAGCAAGUACUGGGACGGCAAGCUUCAGUCUGAGUCCUUCUUACCCCAGCUACUCUGCGUUUUGUCUGUCGCCUCCCGAUUUGAAACCAAAUCAAGAGGCAUGGGCCAUGAACGUAGUGAAGGGGUACACAUCCCAACAGCGUGCGCCCUGGUUCAAAGCUGGCUGGACAACCUCAAAGGAAAACAGCUCGUCGACAUCACCACUGUGCAGGUUCAAGUUUUACUGAUACACGCAUCAAGAAUGAUCACACCUAGGCUACAGGACUCAUGGAACAAACUGGGCUACGUUUUGCGACUCGCGAUGAGCAUGGGUAUGCAUCGAGAUCCUACAGAGAGCGACCCUCGAAUUCCUGUUUUCUGGGGCGAGAUACGGCGCAGGCUCUGGUUCACGUUGGCAGACAUGGACCUACACAUGUCCAUAGCUUGCAAUAUGCCUGCUUUGCUUCGCGAUGGCGACUUCACAUGCAAACCGCCAAGAAACCUCAACGAUUCUGAGCUCUUCCCGGAUAUGCAAGACCUCCCCCCGACUCGGCCAAUCGACCAGGAGACAGAUAAUCAGAUGCAGGUGUAUGCCGCCAUAACACUGGCAGCUCGUAUGAGAGUAGCGCCACUAGUCAAUCGAAUUGAUUCAAUCCGUGACUAUUCAGAAGUUUUGGAUGUUGGAACAAAAUUGGAACGGUUUCUGGACGACAUCAACUACAUCUUUCCGCGACAAGGAUCGUAUAGCGUGGAUCAAAAGAGCAAACAAUGGCGAAGCCGAGUGAUUCUCGACAUGCAUGUGAGACGACCACUUCUGGCGCUGUACCGUCCUUUGGCGCUUGGAGCACCAGAUGUCCCAGCGGAAAUAUCGCGAUCGUUUUUGAAAUCAUCCGUUGUGAUUUUGAAAUAUCUCGAUGAGCUGGACCCCACACAACCUUCAUACCCAGUGGUAGCGGAGAUGUAUCACCAAAUCUUGAAGCCAGAUAUCAUCUACUGCUCACUGAGUGUCUGCUAUUACAUUCAAUCGGCCGUCCGCCAGAAUUCUGAUUCUGUCAUUUUUAGUCAACAUGGCGGGCCGAGUCUGUCGGUCGCACAAGGGGACGACAUGUCAAUGGUCUCUGCGGAAGUCGUGGUGCCUUGGUCACCUGCGCGGCUGACAUCCACCGUUCAAGAGAGUUUGGAUCUACUCAUCAAGCACAUGGGUGGAGGCGACACCAAGGACAUAUUAUGUCUCGCCGCUGUACUUGAAACUGUUAAGACUGCAGAACCCAACGUUCAGGAGGUGACACGGAAUCUCUAUGCAGUACUGGAUGCUUGUCUGAGAUCGUCCGGCAUACCAAAGGAAAAGCUUCACACAGUUUCAAUGGAUCACUAUGGUGCAGAUUCAUACAUGCACGGCCAACCAGCAUAUGGAUACGCCAAUAGUAUGGGGUCAGGGGGUUCAGCCAGCAAUCUUGCAGGCUGGAUUCUCUGGGAUGGGUGGGAAUGA